AACAUUUCCAAAGGUCAGACAUAGAACUCUCCAGAGUUUCGGUGGAAAAAAAAAUGCCCCAUCUGGAGGCACCCCAAGAUUUGAGCGACACCUCACCGGGCCUUUCAAUAAAUCAAGACUUUUUACCCAAUCAAGGACCAAAUGCCCAGCAACAACUUCCGUUACCAUUGCCCAUAGCUCCGGUUGCUGCUGCCCAAAUACGUCUACCAACCCCGGAGCCUCGAUAUCAGCAGCACAUCGACUUGGCCGUCCAGCUGCAGAACAAUCAGAAUUUGCUGAGAAAUUUGCCAGCCCUGCAAUUUGAUCCGGAUAUAAUUGAGAAUGAAGAGGACAAUCAUAUGCCGGCCUAUGUCCAUAUGCUGCCGGUGGUGUUGCCGGCCCAGGCACCGGAGCCCACGUUGGAUGAAUUAUUGAGACGUGUCACAGGACGCACGGAUUUGCAUAAUGUGGAAUCGGUUAGAUUGCGUGUCAUCUCCUAUACCCUGAGCCUGUCCCAUUUGGCCAUGUUCCUGCCACGCCUACAGCAGCUGGAUCUAAGCGGUUCGGUUUUGUGUACUCUAAGGGAUUUGGGUUAUGGUCUGAUCCAUCUGACCCAUUUGAAUGUCAGCAAUUGUGGUCUGAAUAGUUUCGAUGGUACUGGAGGCUUCCCAGCCCUAAGGGUCCUGGUGGCCGAUGAUAAUAUGAUCCAACGUACCGGAACUUUGACUGACUUACCUUUGCUGCAACAUUUAAGUGUUCGAAAUAAUCGCAUCAGCGAGUUGGGCAUCCUGACAUUGCUGGGAAUGAAUGCAAAUUUAUUGGAGGUGGAUCUGAGGGGAAAUCCGGUGUGCCAUCAGCCAUUGUAUCGUCAGACCUUGCAGCGUAGUAUUCCAAGUCUGGAGAUAUUGGAUGGUACUCCGAUAAACAAUCAAGGUGCAGGGCAAGAGAUGAGCUCUCUGGAUACAGAUGAUGUAUCUUCAUUGUCAAGUGCCUCCAAUUCCUUGCCCAUGACUUCUGCGGCGGCCUUACGUCCUGCAACAGCCCCGGUGGCUGUGGGAAGUCCCACUUCUGCCUCAGGGGCGAUAUGUCGAGCAAAUUCAGUAGCCAUGUCCUCCCGUUCUAGCUCUUUGUCGUCUGGUUCCCCGGUAAUGGGAUCUGUGCUAUCUGUGGCCCGUCAAAGACAACGCCGCAAACACAAGGCCCCCAUCAAUGUCUGGAUGUCUUCGGAUAGCUCCAGCUAUUCCAGCGCAAAUUCUCUGAACUCUUCGUCUCGUCCUACCUCUUCUAUAUCCUCGGUUGGCAGCUGUGAUAUAUCCUUGCCCCAGGAUGGUAAAAAAUAAAGUCUUGGAAAAUUGAAAUAAAUGUAAAG